CGCAAACGUACGCUCUUACUCACGACACACAUACAUUCAACAUGUCAUACGAGAUCGCGUAUUCGGUCGCGGAAGACGGUCCGCAGCCAGUCUCGCGCACUUAUCAAUAUCGCAAAGUGAUGAAACCGAUGCUUGAGCGCAAGAGGCGCGCUCGCAUCAACCGCUGCCUCGACGAACUCAAGGAGCUGAUGGUCAGCGCUCUACAAUCUGAAGGAGAGAAUGUAGCCAAAUUGGAAAAAGCUGAUAUCUUGGAACUGACCGUUCGCCAUCUUCACAAGCUGAGACGCCAGCGUCGCUUGUCACUCAACCCUACCGUGGAUGUGGAUCGCUUCAGAGCUGGAUUUACUCACGCCGCCAACGAAGUUUCCCGCUGUCUGGCUUCAAUUCCUGGUGUGGACGUGAGGUUGGGCACUCAACUAAUGACCCACCUCGGGCACAGACUGAACGAAAUGCAGCGAGCAGCCGCUGGCACUGAAACUCCACCAGCAAGCCCUCCCAGCCCUGCUCUCUCGACUGUUUCUUCAUCGUCUGGUUACGUGAGCCCAUCUCCUCCGGCGUCACCGAUGCCUCUACAGACAGCAACUCCAUUGGACUGCAGCAUGAACACCUCACUGCCCAAAGCAUCGGCUGUGUGGCGGCCCUGGUAGACUACGGUGCCGGAUGGAGCCGGCGGACCCGGCUCCGCGGUCACAUCUGUUCCAGCACCGCUCGGAGUCGCUCGCGCCCUUAUGUCCGCCCACCCUUAAGUUUAGUGUUUCAUGUGAAAAUAUAAAUUAGAUCUCACAGUCAGCGUAGGUUAUAAAUCUUAGCUCGUAAGUCCAAACUUGAAAGCUUUAAUUAAAAAUUUAGUAUCUAAGUUAAUUUGUGAUAUUAAAAGAGUAAUAGGUAGAUAAUGUAUAAGAAAUGUUGUAUGUUGUAUCGAACCAUGAUAAGUUCGCAUUGUUAUAUUUUAUCGUUAAAAGAUUUCACAUUUAUGUGAACAAAAUACAUAAUAAUACGUUAAUAAAAAUAUUAUCUUUUACCAC